CCUGAAAUAGGGCCCGGGCGGCUGCCGCCGGGCAGCGCAGAAGCCGCGGUGCAGCGCGGCCAUGCCCGCCCCUGUAGCGCCCCGCCACCUGGCUGCCGCCGCCCCCGCCGGCAAGGCCAAGCUCACCCACCCCGGCAAGGCCAUCCUGGCAGGUGGCCUGGCUGGAGGGAUCGAGAUCUGCAUCACAUUCCCCACUGAAUAUGUGAAGACACAACUGCAGCUGGAUGAGAAGGCAAACCCUCCCCGCUACAAGGGCAUUGGGGACUGUGUGAAGCAGACAGUCCGUGACCAUGGCAUCCGGGGGCUGUACCGGGGCCUCAGCUCGCUGGUCUAUGGCUCCAUCCCCAAGGCUGCUGUCAGGUUCGGGAUGUUCGAGUUCCUCAGCAACCAGAUGAGAGACGAGCAGGGGCGGCUGGACAGCACACGGGGCCUCAUCUCUGGGCUGGGUGCCGGCGUGGCCGAGGCUGUGGUGGUGGUCUGCCCCAUGGAGACCAUAAAGGUGAAGUUUAUUCAUGACCAGACCUCCCCCAAUCCCAAAUACCGUGGCUUCUUCCAUGGUGUCCGGGAAAUCGUUCGGGAACAAGGAAUAAAGGGGACCUACCAGGGCUUAACUGCAACCGUCCUCAAGCAAGGAUCAAACCAAGCCAUUCGCUUCUUUGUCAUGACCUCCCUCAAGAACUGGUACAAAGGAGAUGAUCCCAACAAGGUCAUCAACCCAUUUGUGACGGGGGUGUUUGGAGCCCUUGCUGGAGCUGCAAGCGUCUUUGGCAACACCCCCUUGGAUGUGGUGAAGACCAGGAUGCAGGGGCUGGAAGCACACAAAUACAAGAGCACCUGGGACUGUGCCUACCAGAUCAUGAAAUAUGAAGGGCCCCAGGCGUUUUACAAGGGCACGGUGCCUCGCCUGGGUCGUGUCUGCCUCGACGUGGCUAUUGUCUUUGUCAUCUACGACGAGGUGGUCAAGUUCCUCAACAAAGUGUGGAAAACGGACUGAGGGGGGUAGGCAGGGGUGGCCCCCACCUCCCUGGCCCCGCGGGGCUACAGCUGGAGAGCCGUGACCAAGCCUGUAGCAGCCCCUGGCACUGCCCGUGGCCAGUUCUGCCCCAUGCACACCCUCCCCCCAAACCCGGCCACCUUUACAUUUAGGAGCAGGCGCUGGAGCAAGUUAAAUUUUCGUUUCUGUGCUGAAAGGAGCAGGGAGGGAGCAGCAUCCCAGCAUCCACACCCCCAGCAUCCUUGUUAUGCCCGCCCCAUCCCCUGGUCACACUUUUCCCCUGUUGUGCAUCACUUGCAAAAUUAUCCAGGGUGAGGUGUCCCCUGGGACUGUGGCCCUGUGCCCCCAGAGCCUCCAGCAGCCAGGAGCUGCUGGCUGCACAGGGAACAGCACUUUUUGGGGAUGCUGAGAACCCCCCAGAACCAUGUGAGUGCAAUGGCCAAGCUGUGCACCAGCCAUCACAGCUGUUUGGAGGCUCUUGGGGCCAACAUGACCAGCUGGGGGUGAUGCACCAAGUCUCACAGCUACUCCAGGAGGGGCCACCAGCACUGCACCCUCAGGACAGGGGGUCAGUGUCACGCUGGCUUAGUCCCAGCUCCCUCCUCCUUCCUGGCACUAAGUUCCUUGAGGUGCAGCAUCUUUGCCCCAGAUCCUGUUCAGCCCUCAGCUAUUGAGCAGGAACUGCCCAAAAUUGCACAUCCAGCCAGGCCUUGAGUUCUCCUCACCAUGGGGCCGGGGUUGGGGUGAGCCCGGUGCCCCCAUCCCUUGCCGUUUACAGCCGCAACGCGUGCGGAAGCCGGGGAGGCACAGCCCUGUGCUAUGGGCUUGGCCCCUCGGCUGGGGGUGCAGACCCCUUCUUCUGCCACAUUCCUCCCACUUGCCCUUACCUCGCUGUGGCCCUCUAGGUAAUCCUGUAGCUUUCAGAGCUUCAUGCUGACCCACUAACAGCCGUGGGGCCGCAGCCCUGCCUCACCCUGCACCGGGCUCGGCCCCACCGGAUUUGUGCCAAACUUUCCACAGAGGAGUCAGGGGGGGUCCCAUGAGCUGGGGCUCACCCUGUCCCUCCUCCCUCCUGUCACCAGUGACUAACGCAGCCUUAACACGGGAGGGUGAAGGAGGAGAAGGGAAGCCUGGGCCUGGUUUACUUGUGGCUUUCUGCUCUGAAGCCAGUGAGGGUUGAGUUGGUUGGUUAUUUUUUUUAUUCUGUUUUACAUUCGCAGUUUGAAUAAAAUCAGUCUGGCUUUAGCA